UAAUGAACGGAAAACGUGGACAGAAGCAAAAGCAGAAUGUCAAUCAUAUGGCGGAUCACUAGCGACUGUGCACACAAUGGCUCAGGUGACGUGUGCAAACCUGGCAGUGAAGGGAACUUCCGCUGUGUGGGUAGGCUUGACUGGUACAUGGACAGCUGGAAAUUGGAGUGCUUGGAAAUGGGAAGUGGCAUCGUCCACCCGUACGACGAGACUUCCCUGGUCAUCCGAGUAUACACUUCCGGUUAAAAAUUCUAGUUAUACUUAUGGGUAUUUGGAUCCAAACAAGGGCUUAGUGAACUGGAUAAACAACUUUCAAAUUUGGUUCCUCUGUCAACGAUAUGUGCCUAAAGAUAACUGGUACGUGUGCUCCAUGAGCAAAUCUCUUGGACUCAUGGAGAUACUUUACAUUUCAACACCUAAGACAUUUGAUGAGGCCACCACCGAGUGCGCAGGUAGAGGCAGCAUUCUGGCCAAUCUCCAGAGCAUAAACCAUACAGAGUGCGCAAGGUCAGUGCUUGGACCACGAAAUGGUCAAUGCAACAGUUCCUCAGGUGAUAACUGCAGGACUGCCUCGUCCGGCUGCGAAACCAAUACUUGCAAUGUGUGGGUUGCUCUACAACGACCAUCUAAAAAAUGGACAUGGGUGUUGCCUGUUCCAUCCAUACCGAGUACAAUUCCAUGGAGAAAUUCAACAACAGGAGGUAGUGGAGAGCGAAAAUGUGGUUAUUAUUCACCUGAAGAAGAGGGUUUCGGAAUCGAUUCUUGCACAAUGAAGCUAAGUUUCUACUGUCAAAGAUAUACACCAAAUGCGCCUUCCAAUAUUACUGUCAACUCCACGGAAACUGAGAUCUCGGCAAGGAUAUUGCAGCCACACAUACUUCGGGAGUGGAUAACUGGAUUCUGCUUUGCGUACGGGAAAAACAGCACAAAUUUCACGACUUCAGUCUGUGACACAAAUGUAUCCACGGUUUUCGGAAAACUAAGUUCCAACACGUUAUACCGAGUCCGAGCAUUUUACAACACUACGAUCGGAAUACACAGCAGUGUGUCUCCAGAAGUCUACAUUGGAACAUUGCCAAAAGCACCAAAACCGCCUCUGGAAAUGAGCAUCUUCAGUUCUGCGAUCACCGUGCUGCUAAGUCCGAUAGAAGUAGGCAGCCUUCCCAUACUUCAGUACUGUGCGUACGGAAAACCAGCUAUUGAUCAGAAUGGGAAUCUGCCGUCGGUGUCAGCAUGCAGCGUUUCUAAUAGAGUCACCUUAACAGGUUUGACUAUAAACACAACCUACAUCAUCAGUACGUAUAUUAGCAAUGAAUACGGAGAUAGUGAUCAGUCCAUAUCCAUUCGCAUCACCACUUUGCCUCCAGCAAAAUGGAAUGCGUGUGCUCAAACCAGCACCAGCACUUGGCAAGUCGAUUGGACUUUUCGAUAUGACCGCAAAACCUGGAAGGAUGCCAACAUAUCCUGUCGGUCUUUUGGCGGAUCACUGGCUACUGUCCAGACAAUGGCUCAGCUGACAUGUGCUAACCGGACUGCAGAAGGAACAUCCGCUACGUGGGUAGGCCUGACUGGUACAUGGAGCGCCGGAAACUGGAGUGCUUGGAAAUGGGAAGCUGCAUUGUCGCCCGUCACGGCACAACUUCCAUGGGCAUCAAAAUUUCCAAAGAAUCAGGAUGAUUGCAUAUACGGAUACUAUCAGCCAGAAAUUUUCAGAUUACGGACGUGGGACAACAACCAUACACUUCGGUACCUCUGUCAACGAUAUGUGCCAAAAGAUAACUGGUACGUGUGCUCCAUGAGCAAAUAUCUUGGACCCAUGGAGAUACUUUACAUUUCAACACCUAAGACAUUUGAUGAGGCCACCACCGAGUGCGCAGGUAGAGGCAGCAUUCUGGCCAAUCUCCAGAGCACAAACCAUACAGAGUGCGCAAGGUCAGUGCUUGGACCACGAAAUGGUCAAUGCAACAGUUCCUCAAGCGAUAACUGCAGGAAUGCCUCUUCCGGCUGCGAAUCCAAUACUUGCAAUGUGUGGGUUGCUCUACAAAGACCAUCUAAAAAUUGGACAUGGUUGUUGCCUGUUCCAUCCACACCGAGUACAAUUCCCUGGAAAAAUUCCAUAACAGGAGUAAGUGGACAGCGAAAAUGUGGUUACUUUUCACCUGAAGAAGACGGUUUCGGAAUCGAAUCUUGCACAAUGAAGCUAAGUUUCUACUGUCAAAGAUAUACACCAAAUGCGCCUUCCAAUAUAACUCUCAACUCCACGGCAACUGAGAUCUCGGCAAGGAUAUUGCAGCCACACAUACUUCGGGAGUGGAUAACUGGAUUCUGCUUUGCGUACGGGAUAAACAGCACAAAUUUUACGACUUCAGUCUGCGACACAAAUGUAUCCACGGUUUUCGGAAACCUAAGUUCCAACACGUUGUACCGAGUCCGAGCAUUUUACAACACUACGAUCGGAAUACCCAGCAGCGUCUCUCCAGAAGUCUACAUUGGAACAUUGCCAAAAGCGCCAAAUUCGUCACUCAACCUCUCCCUCUCAAGCACAACUGUGACCGCGUAUCUAGGCCGAGUAGCAGAGGGCAACCUUCCCAUACUCCAGUACUGUGUGUAUGGAAGCCCUGCUGAUGGUUCGUCUGGGAAUAUGACAUUGAAACGAACAUGCAACUCGUCGGGAACUGUCACCUUGAUUGGCUUGGCACCAGACAUGAGCUAUGAUGUCACCACCUAUGUUAGCAAUGCCUAUGGAGACAGUAAUCACUCCACCUCCACUCGUAUAACCACAUUGCGAACAGCUCAAACCACAACCUCCAGCAAUAUAUUCAGCAUGGGAACGACAAGUAAUUUGGACGAGACUAGUGAACAGAUCGACAGCGGGAUCAGUGUUGGAGGAUUUGUAGGCGGAACCGUGGCCGCAAUACUGACCGUAAUCGUGGCUGUCGCGUUGGUUGCAAACCGAAAAAGGAUCGCUCGUUGGUUCUCUUCGAAGGCCUUUAAAGACGCAAGGCACGAGGAAGCUGAUCCAAUUGAACUUCACCAGAAUGAGGGUUUAGGACGCAAUGUUGGCGGACAGCCAGAGAGGCUUCAAAAUCUCUAUCAAGAGGCUGCGUCUCCUUUAUCAAAUGUACCGGAAAAUUCCUACGCUGCAGUUGGUGCUAAUAAUAGAGACGGGAAUGCUGCAGAAGCAGAAUCUGACAUGACGGGAACAGAAUACAGCAACGUCAGUGAGGAACCGGUGACAGUGGCUCCAGCAGCGGGUGGACAGAGGCAUCCCUACGCCCAAGUUAGUCCUCGAAAAAAAGUUGUGAAAUCUGCAGAAUCGGACUCUGCCGUGCUGGGAGCAGAAGACAGCAACAGCCGCGAAGAAUUGGCGAGAGCGGCUCCAGCAGCGGGUGGACAGAGGUAUCCCUACGCCCAAGUUGGUCCUCGAAAAAAAGUCGUGAAAUCUGCAGAAUCGGACUCUGCCGUGCUGGGAGCAGAAGACAGCAACAGCCGGGAAGAAUUGGCGAGAGUGACCGCUAAUGACGAAGAAGCCAGUGACAUCACCGAACAUACUCCGCCAGUCCCUUCUAAGGCCUUGCGCAAUGCUGUGUCUGGGACCCAGCUGCCGACGGAGGUCUUGGAUAGCGCAUAUGCUGAAGUGGAACCGCUGCACCCAUCCCAAAUGCACAAGUUACAAUCCAAGACCACUAAGGACGAGGAUGCCAGUGCCAGCACCGAACAUUCUCAGCCAGUCCCUUCUAAUGCCGUGCGCAAUGCUGUGUCUGGGAUCCAACUCAGCUCGGAAUCUACUUCCAAUAGUCAACCGCCGACGGAGGUCGUGGGAAGCGCAUAUGCUGAAGUGGAUCUGCUGCAACCAUCCCAAUUGCGCAAGUUUCAAACCAAGUUGUCGCAGCCCAAUAUUGGCUCUGACAACGUGUACAACACGUUGGGUGAGUGUCUGUCACCGACUGUGGAUGAGAACAUUGACCUGAACUAUGACGUUCUGGAUCGAUCGAAGAUGAUGGCGACUUCGCUGUUGACAACUAGCCAAGUUCCAAAGGAUAAAGAAGAACGUAAGCGCACGUCAUAUGUCACCAUCAGCAAUCCUAAGUAUGAUGUUGCAGCAGAUCCCCUACCAAACACGUCGGUCGGAAACUCAGCCGAGCAUAUCUAUGAUACCGCCACCGACGAUGGCCUGGUUCCGGACAGAAAGCAGGGUUGACGCAACAUCGCCUUCGACAUGAUUUCAAAUUACUGCCACCAUUAGCAAGUUUCAAUGUCUCCCUCCCACGACCCCCCCCCCCCAUCACCCUCAAUUACUCCCUCACUUUCAAGAAUGGCGCCCACCCCGUGCAAUCAUACAAAAUUUAUAGAGCAAACAGCCUAAUCAUUGUUUUGCAUAAGUAAGGUGUUUCAGGAGGGGCAAGUCACAGGGAUUUGUUCACCCCGUAAUCAAUAUUAUUUCUCACACCAAGGAUACGAAAUAAACUAUGUUUGUUGCAGCCACCUUACAGACAUUGAAUAUCGGUCGUAUACAAACUUGGCAACAUUCACAGUUUUGUAGAUUAGUUCACAGCCUUAUCCAUUUGAAGAUUCUUAAAUUUUGACAAACUUGCGUCAGGGUGCUGUGUUACAGGAUGUUCACAGACGUUUUGCAGUAUGUCAAGCAACAGAUCAGUUUCCGAAUUUGAUCGUUACACCUGAUAGGUACUUGCCCUGAAGAUUUGUUGUAACAUCUGUCAUUUUAUGAAAUUGCUCUGUACGCUACUGAAACGCGGAUUGCCCUUCUGCUUAGCAUAUUUGUACUGCAUACAUUGGCGCUUUGUUCAAACUAUUAUGCUUUAAAAUUCUGAAGGAUGCCUCACGAGGCUUCAUUACGCACAAAAUCACUUGUUGGCAGGCAACUCGCCAGCACUCAAUCCAACCAGAUAUUCCAGCGCAUUUUGCUUUCCGUAUACGGUCUGUUGUCACAUCUUAUUAGCGUUCCGUCCCACUCAAAUGAGCAAUGCGUUAUCACACAUAAAUGCAGUCGUUGUUUGGAUGCUUCAAUUUAAUUUUAUUUACAUCCGUGUAUGCAGUCUAUAAACAAGCUUUUCGGCGCCAGCAACUAUCGCAAACGACACGAGAAACUGUUCGGUAUGCAGUA